AUGGCAGUAAACUGGUCUGAACUGCCGAAGGAUCUUCUGAAUCUGAUAUCCAAACACAUCGACAGCGAACUCGAUCUCAUUCGCUUUCGAUCAGUUUGUUCCAAUUGGCGUUCUUCCUCCAUCCCAAAUCACCAUCCAAAUUCAACCAUCGAGUUUCCACUAUUCAAAGCUCCAUUCCUGUCUGAUUCAAUCAACAAUAUAACUUCAUUCUGCAAACUCCCUAAACACAGUUUCUUCCUCAUCAAGCCACCACUAGAACAGCAACAACAAACCCUAGUUCAACCUUGGUUGGUUAGAAUUACUCAAACUUCAAGUGGCAAAAACAAACUCAUACACCCAUUCCUCUCACAUCAAUAUCAAUCACCUUAUCCUUUUCAUUUUCCUCACGCUCUCGACUUCAGCAAACUCUCGGUUUGCCAUUUAGUUACCUUCAUCAAUGCAGAACCCUUGAGCCAUGACUACAUGGAACCUGAAAAGGUAGUUUCUGUUACGUGCCAAGGAAAAAAACCAAUCGUUCUCGCCACGUUACACUCUAUCUUUACCCCUGUUCCGUUACUGUUGAAAUGUGGCGAUGAUAAUUGGAAGGUGAUUCCUGAUAUCCUGACUUUCUCAUUAGAUGUCUGCCUUUUCAAAGGGAAACCUUAUGUGGUCGACAAAGUUGGCCGGACAAUUACAUUUGAACCGGAUGACUUGACUGUUCAGUUAGUGGCCGAACCUUUUGUCGAUGGUGCUGGUGGGAGAGUAAAAUUUUUGGUGGAAAAUGAGGGUGAUUUGUUGCUAGUGGAUAUUUAUGAGAUUUGUUUGUCCUAUUACCUCGAUGAAGAUGCUUUAAGAAUUUAUGUGUUCAGGCUUGAUGAAAAGGAGAAGAAAUGGGUGAGUUUGACAAGUUUGGGGGAUAGGGUUUUGUUUUUGGGGAAUGGAUGUUCGUUUUCUGCUUCUGCUUCGGAUUUGUGUGUUGCCAAAGGGAAUUGUGUCAUCUUUAUUGACUAUAUGAAAAGUGGUAACUGUGUUUUCCAUUUGGAUCAAGAUCGGCUUUCACCUUUGUCCGAUUAUCCUGAAUAUUUUAACUUGUUCUGGCCUCCUCCUGAGUGGAUCGUAAAAUCCUGCAUUUCUAGUUGA